GCUGACGGGACAUCUGUCACAACACACGAGACGCGGGAAAGUCUCUCUACUUCUCGAUCUCCAUAUUAUUCGUGUCUUUCUUUCUCUUACCCCUCUCCAAACAGCUUUCCUCUUCUGAAACCCUAACCCCUAUUUGCCUUGGCCAUGGAGGACUACAGAACCUGCUCGAACUGCGAGCUUCACUGUCACAAAGUAGAUCCUUUUCAAGUUUUCAAAACCAGGCCUCGGUUUCUCAAGGAAAUGGCAGGUGACUUCUCAAAAGAGCUCGCAUUGCCACAGGAAUUAUACAAGCAUAUUAAUGGGGUGGCAUCUGAAAGGGCCAUAUUGGAGAGUCCCAGUGGGAAGUUAUGGUUAGUUGAGUUAAAGAAGACUGAAGAAGGUGCUUUCUUUCAAAAUGGUUGGAAGGAGUUCAUUAAAGGUCAUUCUGUGAAAUUGGGGGAAAGCAUAGUUUUUAGGUAUGACGGGAAUUUGCGUUUUGAUGUUCAAAUAUUUGGUAGUAAUGGGUAUCAAAGAGAAGACAUGUUCAUUGCUAAUACCUGUAAAAAGUCCACCUCAAAUGAAGGAGAAGGGGAGCUCAAUGAGGCAAUUGAUGCUGCUUCCAUCAAAUCUUGUAAAUCCUAUGCCAAAAGAAAGUUAAAGUUCCUCUUAAUGAAUAAUUUCACUCCACCUGUAGCAAAAGAGCAAGAUAUGGGAGUAGAUAACCAUGAACAGUGUGUCGAUGUUUCUCAAACUAGAGAUUGCAAAGAUCAUGAAAAAAGAAAGUUGUCAAGCUACCAAUCUAAAUUAUGUAAAAAACAUGUCCGGCCAAGAAAACUCACAGAAACAGGGGAUUCAAUGGAGUCAACUCCAAUGACACCUACUGAGGAUCAUCUCGUUGUUCAAAAUGAGAUCAUUGCUUGUCCUCAAGAGGAAACAGUCGGAAAACCAGAUGAUGCAGAUGAAAGUGUUUUGCAUAGAGAAUCUGGCGACCCAAAGAAUCUCACAGAAAAUGGUGAUUCAACGGAGUCAACUCCUUUGACACUUUAUGAAGAUCUUGUUCAAAAUCAAAUCCUUGUUUCCCCUCAAGAGGAAAAUGUUACAAGAACAAAUGAAAGAGUGUUGUCCUCGCGAACAGAUGGUUAUACUAAAGAGAAAAAAGAAAGUAUUGAUGUGGUUCGUACUCAUAUACCCAAGCAAACUUCAUCGCCUAAGUUCUUGAGGAAGUUUCAAUCUGGGAGACGAGUGGUCACAUUGGACGAAAAGGCUAGGGCCCUUGAAGCAGCCAAUUCAUUCAAGACAAAUAAUCCACGUUGUGUAAUUGCUAUGAAACCCUCAAAUGUAUAUCAUUGUUUUUAUUUGCAUAUUCCACGCAGCUUUGCAAAGAUGCAUCUCCCGAAGGUUCGAUUAGCCAUGCAUCUUCGUGAUCCAACUGGGAGGGAAUGGGAGGUGAUAUGCAUUUGCAGGGAAGGUAAUGCGACAGCAUUGAGUGGUGGGUGGGCAGCUUUCUCUAUUGGAAACAAUUUGGAGGAAGGAGAUGUUUGCAUCUUUGAGCUCAAAGAAGAAAAGCUAAUGGCGGUGCACAUUUUCAGAGUGGUGGAAGAGAUUGUACCAUUGAUAAGGUGCUUAGAGCCAAUAUCAGCAGGUAAUUGAAAUUGAGACAAGCCUGAAACUGUUAAUGGUUUUGAAGGCUAAAGGCAAUUGGAGAGUUUUUGUCUCUUUUGACAACUUGAAUGGAGUAACAAUUCCAUUUUUGUUUUUUGUAUGUGGAUAUAACUGGGGACUCCACAAUGAGUUGACCUCCACUAAAAUGGCCUUUUGAUUGGGUUUUAUAGCGAGCUUUCACUCCGACUUCCACACAAUAAUGGAGUGUGUGAUUUCUACUUGGUAUAA